AUGUCGAAAUGCGAAGAAAAAUUUGAACUAAAAUUAACUAGCGAAUUAAAUAGCAAAUUAAACGAGUUAAAUAAAAGAAAUGAUGGUGAAGACGAAUUAAUUGGAAUAAAUAAUUUGUCACUUGGAUUACUGGAAACAUUAAGAAUAAUAAUAGAUUGUACCAAAUGUUCAAUUGAUAAAAAAAUCACAACGUCACUUAAUGAAUUAAUUGAUGUAUUAAAAAAAUCAUUAAAUAAAGAAAGAGAAGUUGAGGUUGCAGAAAAUAAACGCUUGGCAAUUAUCACUUCAGAAAAAUUUUUGUUAGAUGAAAGAAAUUAUAAACAGAGCCGUUCACCAAGAAUAGCAUUAUCUAACUCAAAUGAACGAGAUAGUAAAGUUGAUGGCUUAAUUUAUGAUUAA